CCGCUGCCGUGCCCUUUAAAUGGUGCAGCAGCGGCUGCUGUCCCAGAGAGAGACAGCGCAGCGCCAGGGACCACUCUCAGUGUCUGUGCUAGCCCAUACCCCCCUUCCUGUUGUUGCAUUCAGCUGUUGGACCCCCAACAACACCCCCCACCCUCCCUCAAGAUCCGGAAGAUGCAGACCCCGGGACAGAAGCGAGGGGGCCGCUCCAACGCCUCCACCCCGCUGAGCCCCACCAAGAUCAGCCGGCUCCAGGAGAAGGAGGACCUGCAGAACCUCAACGACCGCCUGGCCGUCUACAUCGAGAAGGUGCGCUCCCUGGAGACGGAGAAUGCCGGGCUGCGGCUCCGCAUCUCCGAGUCGGAGGAGACCACUAGCCGCGAGGUGGUCAACAUCAAGGCCAUGUACGAGAACGAGCUGGCGGACGCCCGCAAGACCCUGGACAACGUUGCCAAGGAGAAGGCCCGCAUGCAGCUGGACCUGGGCAAGCUGCGCGAGGAGUUUAAUGACCUGAAGAACCGGUCGGCCCAUCCUUCGCCCCCCCCUGCCCCCCAACUCUCCCAUUCCCCCACCCUUCGCGACUGA